AUGCCAGUUGAACGGCGUCUUUUGCGUGAAUCAAUCACACUCUCUCAAGCCCUCGAUAGAGAGGUGAACGUUCUACAUCAGCUUGGAUACUGGCCACAACGAAAUGAACUUUUAUACUUUCUCCAUGCCCGCCGCAAACUCAUCGAGUCCCGCGUCGCACAUCACCUAAAGGUACCCGUCAAAAAAUGCCAAACUGAAGACGUUGGCGAGUGGAUGAAUGGAAGCUUCAACAUCUGUGUACCUGUGCGUGUCGAAGGUCUCGGUCGCGUCAUUAUUCGCUUUCCUCUUCCUUAUCGUGUUGGUGAAAGUUUCUGUCCUGGAAAUGGCGACGAGAAAGUCAGAUGCGAAGCUGGCACAUACGCAUGGAUGCAAGAGUUUUGCCCCUCAAUACCGAUUCCACGCUUUUAUGGGUUUGCCGUGAGGUCUGGUCAGAGUUUUACUGCCCUCGACCGGUUGCCACUAGUUCGUCGCCUGCUUCACCGCAUCCACUGCUGGUACUCUUCUCUAUUUGGAAACCCGCUUCCCUCCCGUCUUGUCCCAGAUGACAGCGAUGCUUCAAACGAGCUCGGACCGUAUCUCAUUAUCGAAUAUAUCGAAGAGGGGAGGAUGCUGUCCGACACUUGGGCGAACCAGAGAAAUGAUAAAACCUUACGGAAAAAUCUCUUUCGAGAUUUAUCCAAAGUCAUGCUCACUAUGAGUCGAAUCGCACUGCCUAAAAUUGGCUCCUUUAUUAUCGAUGACAAUGGUUACUUGCGCCUCGCAAACAGACCUCUGACGCUCAUGUUGCAAGACCUGGAGAAUGAAAAUAUCCCCGUUGAUAUGCCGAGGAGUCAGACUAUCGCAAGUGUGGAUUCAUAUGUCAACAGUCUUCUCAUGUGUCAUGAUAGCAGACUACGUUCUCAGCCCAACGCCGUGAAGAGUUACGGUGACUGUGCUAGGCAGUUGACCGCUCUGGCUCUAAUGAGGACUGUGCGUCCGCAAUUUCUUGACCACCAGUUCAACCACGGGCCCUUUGUCUUCACCUUAACUGAUUUGCACGCGAGUAAUAUUUUGGUCGACAAAGAUUGGCAUAUCAAACGCUUUAUCGAUUUAGAAUGGGCCAGCUCUCUCCCUAUUGAAUUUAUGCGUACGCCACUCUGGCUUACUAGUCAAGGGAUUGACCAGACAAAUACAGAAGAGUACGACGAACAGCGGCAAGAAUUCAUGGAGAUAUUCAAAGAAGAAGAGAAGAAUUCCCCACCAGAAUACGACUUUUCUCCAGCAUCUAUCAUGGAACGUUGUUGGAAGUCGGGGGCCUUCUGGUACAGAGCAGCUUUGAUGAGCCCAACGGGGCUCUACAACGUAUUCCUUAACCACAUCCAGCCAUUAUUUUCUGACAAACAUGCUGAUGACGUAAAUUUCUAUCUCAUCGUUUCUCAGUACUGGGCGCGUGGAACUGCAGAUUUCAUCCAAUCCAGAGUCGAUGACAAAGAAGCAUACGAUAGCCGACUUCGAGAAAUGUUCAAAGAGCCCUGA